AGACCCCCUGGACCUGGUUCUGGUAGACAUGGCUGUCACAGCACCACUGCGAGACUGUCAGGCAUGGAAGGAUGCUGGGCUUCCCCUCAGCACUUCAAGCAACGAAGCCUGCAAGCUGUUUGAUGCCACCCUGACCCAGUGGAUAAAGUGGACCAAUGAUGAGACUCUUGGUGGCAUCGAGGGCUGCCUGUCAAAGCUCAGAGCCGCAGACCCAACCUUCGCCAUGGGCCAUGUCAUAUCCAACGGCCUGGUGCUCCUUGGCACUGGAACCUCCGUGAAACUAAACAAAGAGCUGGACCUGGCUGUGAAGAAGAUGGUGGAGAUGGCCAAGACCCAGCCACUGACGCCCCGGGAGCAGCUGCACGUGGCUGCGGUGGAGACGCUUGCCAAAGGGAACAUGCCCAAAGCCAGCGACCUAUGGGAACAGAUUCUCCAAGACCAUCCGACAGAUAUGUUGGCUCUGAAGUUUGCUCACGGUGCCUUUUUUUCUCUGGGCUACCAGGAGCAGAUGAGGGAUUCUGUUGCUCGUGUCUUCCCCUUCUGGACAUCUGACAUUCCCCUUAGCAACUACGUGAAAGGCAUGUAUUCUUUUGGAUUGAUGGAAACCAACUUCUACAGUAAGGCAGAAAAUCUUGCGAAAGAGGGCAGAGAGCCUGUACCCCGAGUACACGAGGCACCUAAAGGCUGGGGCCUCAUCUGGGUGCACAGGUUUUGGCAGAAGGAUGGAGUUCGCCAGCCCAAGGCCGCUCAGAUCCUGGGACCGAAGACUCGACCUAGUCCCCUGCAGAGCCCAUGA